AUGAAGUUCUUCUCCAUCCUAGUUCUCGCCACUGCCGCCAGCGCCAUGGUGAUGCCUCGUCACCACGCUGGGCGUAAAGCCAACGGCGGUAAUAACAAUAACGCCGCCGCUGUAGCAGCAGGCACCGGAAACAACGGCAAUGCCAAUGCUAACGCUAACAACAACAAUGCCGCCGCUGCCGCCGCCGCCACUGGUAACAACAACAAUAACAACGCCGCUAACAAUGCCAACGCAUGCAACACCAACAACAAGCGUCACCACGCCGGAAAGAAGGCUAACGGCAAUAACAACGCCGCAGCUACCGCAGCCGACGCCAACUGCAACUAA